AAAGUUGGCCCUAUGGUAGGGAGUGUUUAUUCCUAGUUUUAUGGCCAUUGGUCAGUUGAAGUACUGAGGGCUGUAACAAGCAUUGAAAAGGUGGGAUCGGCAAGGCUGGCGCUUUGAGCAAGACGACAGAAGAAAAGGACAACAGUGCACGAAAUAAAGCAAGAGGGAAAUCUCUUCCUCCUCUUACACUUACACUUACUCUUAACGUCCGGCCUCUCCCUACAUUACGUUAUCAUCAGGCACGACAGUAAAUGGCAUCCGCCUCCCGUCUUCGAGUCUCACCCCCGCAGCCGCUAGAGGCGCACAAAGGGCGGGGAAUGGAAUCUAUCGGCGACACCGCGUCCAAGGCCGGCAAGGUAGGACGCCCGGUUCUUCUCUCGUUCGAUGAGAUGCUGGAAUGGUUCCAACGUGAAUCCAACCAGUGGGUUCUCCACGGCUAUCGGCCCAUCUCAGGCUCGGCUCGAGCUUCGUUCUGCAGUUGGUCGUAUAUCCACAACGAGUCGGUCAACAUCUAUUCCCACCUCGUCCCGGCUGUCUUCUUCCUGCUCGGCGAGUGGUAUCUCCAGCAGUACCUUGCCAGCAGAUACUCCGGGGUCACUGGAGCCGAUUUUAUUGCUUUCUCUAUCUUCAUGUUGACGGCCGUCACCUAUCUAUCGCUGUCGGCGACGUACCACACCUUACUGAACCACUCUCAACACAUAGAACAUCUCUGCCUGCGACUGGACAUGCUGGGUGUAGUCAUCUUCAUACUGGGCGACCUUGUCUUGGGAAUAUAUAUAGUUUUCUGGUGUGAACCUUUGCCACGCAAUAUCUACUGGUCUAUGAUUGGAGUUUUCGGGACGUUGACAAUCUUCAAGACAAUACAUCCCAAGUUCCAGGGCUCAAAGUAUCGCCUCUUCCGAGUAUUGAUGUUCGUGGCGACUGGCUUGUCCGGUAUCGCGCCCUUGAUCCAUGGACUCAUUGCGUUCGGCAUGUCGCAGAUGAUGAGAAAAGCUUUUCCCUAUACUCUAGCAAAAGCAGGCUGCCUUCUAUCUAGGACUUCGUUUUAUGCAACAAGGUUUCCCGAAAGUCGAUAUCCUGGUAAAUUCGACCUAUGGGGCUCCCAUGCGAUCUUUCACAUUCUGGGGUAUGCGCCGCUGUGGUCCAGUUGAUGGGGUAUCUGGAUGCCUUCGACUAUGCUCACGCAAAUCUUACUUGCUCGUCUCUUUGAGUUAUGUCGUCCCACUGGUCGUCUCUGUGUGGGCAGCCGACUUGGCGAAAGUGGCUGCUGGGGGCUUGGGGCGCUAUAGCUGCUGUA